GCGGCCGAUAGUUUACGUCAUUACUUUCUUAUGCCAGUACGUUUUUCCCUGAUUGUUUUUCUGAUGUACCAACAUUUUUACGUUUAUUUACUUUACUGACAACAGUUCUUUUGAGAACUACAUAAUUUAUUUGUGUUUUUUACACUUCAAGUGUUUAAAAAUGCCUUUUACACCUGAGCAAGAUGCCUAUAUAUUAUAGGUACAUUUUCGGAGUGCCACGCGAAAUCCAGAUGGAAUUUGGUCAUAUUCAUUACAAUCCUGUAUUGAUCAAUUCACUGAAGCUUUCCCUGAUGUAGACGUUGAUUUUGACGUUUUUAGGAAGCACAAAUCAAUACUUGUCAAGAGAUAUGAUGAAAAACAUUGUAUUUGUAAGGGGAAAUCAACAGGCAGGCCAACAGUUUUAACUGAAAAUGCAGUUGACGAUAUUCGAGAACGUAUGGAGCAGAGCCCUAAAAAAUCUAUCCCCCAGUUGUCUGCCCAAACAGGGUUCUCGGUGGGAACGUGUCACAAGGCUUUAAAAAAGGAAUUGCACAUGCAUCUAUACAAAGUCUCUAUUGUUCAGCAGUUGCAUCCACCAGACUACUACCAACGAAUACGGUAUUGUGAAUGGUUCAAUGAAAAUCUGAACAACAAUGAUUUAUUGAAUUUGACGUUUUUUUCUGACCAGGCAUGGGUUCAUCUAUCAGGUUACAUUAACAGCCAAAAUUACAGAACGUGGGCUACAGAAAACCCACAUGAGUUUAUUAAAACUUCGCUACAUCCUCAAAAAAUUGGUAUAUGUGUAGCCGUUUCAAGGAGGCGGAUAAUAGGACCAAUUUUCUUUCAAGAAGUGAUAAAUGGUGAAAGGUAUAGGUGGAUUUUACGACAAGCUUUAGAGCAAAUGCAUGAUGACGAAUUACGGUUUGGAUAUUUUCAACAAGAUGGGGCACCAGCACACACACUGCAGCAGAAACGGUUAGAUAUUUGGAAGAAUUUUAUGGGGAUCGAAUUAUUAGUAGGGGAUUGUGGCCUAGUCGAACCCCUGAUCUUACACCUUUAGAUUAUUAUCUCUUUGGACGUAUAAAAAAUAUUUUCAAGCAGCGAGUUCACACACUUGAAGACCUAGAAGUAACGAUUCGCCAUGAAAUCGAAUCCAUUACGCAAAAUGAAUUGGAACGUGUUUUCGAAUGCAUGAAACGGAGGGUAAAUUUAUGUCUAGAAAAUGAAGGAGGACAUUUUGAACACCUUUUAUAAUAAAAACUAAACAAAAUACCACUCAGCAAAACACUUUUUAAUUGUGCGUUGAGAAUGUUAACUUUGUUAACAAAACGCAGCAUCGGAAAAAGUAGAAGUGUUUUGGUGAGUGGUAAAAUUAUUUUCUGUUUUGUAUCGACAUCAAACGUUCCAAACCUAUCCUAAGAUAAACAAAACUAUUGUGACUUAUUUAUAUUCUCUACCUGUUAAAACUUCUAGUUUAAAUUUGAACAAGUGUAAACAUAACUAAUUUUUUACAUGGAACAUAAA